UUGUACUCCCAGACAAGACGUAUCAAGACAAGACUAAGUCAUUAUUUAUAGCCUUCAUAGUUCGUUUACAUUACUAAGAGGAGCUAAUUUAAAGAAAAACAUUUUACUGACAAGUGUAACAGAAAUCAAAUAAAACUUUUCCUCUUCACUUAGAAUGACGUAGAAUAAAGGAAUUUAAAAGGAACACCUCCCAAAUUCUUUAUUAUAAUGACGGAUCCCUUGUUCUAUUGUUGCACAUGGCUGCUUCCGGUUUAGUGGGCGGAAUACUGUGUGAUUGAUUUUAAACCUCCCUAAGGCAAGGGAUGCAAACUAAUAAGUACUGUAAAUGCCUAUCUAAUCACUAAUUGGAUUGCAACAGCAAACCUCCCAGCAGUAGAGAAUGAGUGUAGGAUGUAAGAGACUGCUGGUUGUCAUGGUGACGUGUGUGUUCUGUGCCACCAUAUACAUGGGCUCCCAGAGCUUCUUAGACCAGCACCAGCCUGCUAUGUCAAGUCCAGUGCUCAAACGUUUGGCCAAGUUACCCAGCAGACAUCAGGCCACUGAAGAGUUCAGGAUGGCCAGGGAUAUACUCAGUGGCCCUCAUGUCCGUCCACAUAACCCUGGGGAGAUACCUUCAACAGCUUAUUAUGUUUGGUGUGGGGACAAACCCUUCACGUUUGGAGAUUAUUUGGGAAUCCUCAGCAUUGUCAAAAUUUUAGAACCAUUGAGAAUAUUCUUUUACUACAACAAACUUCCUUCAACAACAGAAGGAUUUUUUUAUCAUUCCUGGUUUCCAGAGUUGAAACAGUCGCUGGCUAAUUUGGUUUUCUGGGAAAUUGAAAAACCAAUCAGUUGUGAUACACCAGAUGCCAUGGAGCUCGCUCUGGAGCUGAUGUUGUCAAGCCAAGCUGGGGGCGUCUAUGUGGGUGAGAGGGUUGUCUUGACGCAUAUCCCUGACACAUGGAAGACUGGCAAAUAUUUCACUUACAUAAACCACAGCAGCAAAACUAAAAAUGAGCCGAUGCUAGUUUUCAUCAGACAGGGAGUAGACAGGAAACAUGAGAGGAACCAACUUAAAAACUUUGUUUUAAAUCAGAGCCAGGAGUGUCACACAUCAGAACAGUUGGAGCUGAUGGGUUCAGAGAAGUCACCCUGUGUGGUCUUGUCAGGUCGGCUCAACCCCAAAAACAUCAUUAACAACACAGCGUCAUUCAGCGCCUUCUUGAGGUGGCUAUACUAUGGCAGGACUGAUGCUCUAUAUGCUAAACAGAGUCAGGACCCCCAGGAUAUGGUGCCUCUCAUCAACCACAUGAUCUACAUCAACCCUAACCCAGGCAGUCCAGUCACAUGGCCAUUUGAAAGAUAUCUCAGUGUUCUCUCAGCAUUGUAUGUUGCUGGCUUUCACAGAGUGUAUGUGCAUGGUGACACAGAACCUUCAGGAGAGUUGUGGGACAAGUUAAAGAAAGAAAAUGUCACAUUUGUUUAUAUUGACCAACCGUAUGCUGUAUUUCAACAAGAGGUUAACGUUAUGGAACACAAGUCAGAUAUUCUUAGAAUCCAGAUCCUCUACAAGUAUGGAGGGGCGUACAAUGACAAUGAUGUCAUCUGGGUCAAGCCACUGAGUGAGGAGCAGAGAAAAUAUCCGUCCAUAGCCUGCUAUGAGUGGUCAGAGGAUGAGGUCUGGCCUGGGAAAAUUAACAGUGGCUUGAUUGUCUCCAAGCCUAAAGCUCUCUUCUUGAUCAAAGUCCUGGAAUCUUUCUGGUAUUAUCGUGAUGACAUAUGGGCAAUGAAUGUGGUUUAUAUGUUCUACAAGAUAUACGAGAGAAACCCGGAAUGUCUGCAUAUUGACACCAGAUUACAGGUGUGUUGCUACAAAGGCAUAUGCCAUCCUGCCUGGCACCCAGAUUUUAUACGGCCCUAUGGGGAUCUGACCCCCACAAAGCGUAUCAACAUCGAGGAAGUCAAUGCUUUUCAUUUCUUCCAUCAUGAUGCUCCUUCAACCUUCACCUCAUUCUCUGCUCUAGAGGAAAAAACCAGCCUAGAGGCUCUCCUGGCCAAUCGCGUGAAGGCAGCCAUACUGAGGGCAGGGAAGCCUCAUUUGUUAGAGCUGAGUGGCCACAGAAAAGCUCAGGCUAGGGAUACAGAUUUGCCUUUUUGAACACUUUGUUUUUAAUUAGAAACUAUUUGUUAAGUUUGGUUGUGUGUAUACAUCAUGUAUUAAAUGAGCCCUUAAGUUGUCAGACUAG